AUGCGGCAGCUCGUCGACAUCGUCCGCCGCAACAACCGGUUCGCGCCGGCGACAUACGCGCCGCUGCUCGUGGGCCAGCGCACGGUGGGCCUCGUGGCCAAGGAGCGCGUCUCGGCCCUCAAGCGGUUUCCCGACGUCUUUAGCGAGGCGACGCCGGAUCGCAUUCAAGUGCACCCGCACUUGGCCCACGAAGCCGCGCGCACGAGAGCCAUGAUGCGCGUCGCGCGGGCGCUUCAAGCGUCUGGCGACAUUGAGGAAACGUGGAAGCAAGAAGACUACGGCGCCCGGGACGCGUCGGACCAGGUCGUCUUCCGCGUCGACCGAUCGGCGGCUGCGUUCUUUGGCAUCACGCAGUGCGGGUGCCAUCUCAACGGGUACGUCCGGCACGGCCCGCGGCCCGACGACGUGAGCGUCUGGAUGGGCCUCCGCCAUGCAUCGCGCGCCCUCUGGCCCCACAAGUGGGACUCGAUCGUCGGUGGCGGCCUCCCGCUCGACAUUUCGCCAUGGGACAACAUGCUCAAGGAGGCGAGCGAAGAAGCGAUGUUUUCAGCAGAUGACAUCGCGCAUCUCAUGCGCAGCGUCGGCGUCGUCUCGUACGUCCACUCGGAGAAAGAAGGCUUGAAGCACAACACGAUGUUUGUGUUUGAUGCGUGCUUGCCGGACUCGCUGGUGCCGCGCUGCGACGGCGACGAAGUCGAGCGCUUCGAGCUCUGGCCGAUCCACAAGGCGCUCGCGCUCGUCGAGGCGUCGCCCGAGAGCUUCAAGCCCGACAUUUGCCUCCUCUUGAUCGACUUUGGAUUGCGCCACGGCAUUUUGACGCCCGACAACACGGCCGCGUACACGUCGCUCGUCCAUAGUCUCCGCGCCACACCGCCCUUUUAG